CUUGGGUCUUUUCAGUCGGCCGUCAGCCUCAAUCUCGUGCAGACGUCCUGUUGUCAGCGUUCGAAUCGAUUGAGAAGCAUUAGAAGGAGAAACCGGAAAGAAAAAAGAAACGAAAGAAAGUAUCGAACAAUUGCUCUAAUCUGUCGUGAAUCUAGUGAGGAAAACGUUAGCUGCUGUCAGACAUUUGACGGCGCGCGCGUGUGUGUGUGUGUCUGUGUGUGUGCGUGUGCGUUGAAAAACAACUAUGGCUACCUAGUUGAUUUGCAUAGGGAUUGUUUUCUUGUUUCGGCUCCAACACGGGCUUCCCUUUUUGGCGUGUAUUUUGUUUAUCCGUUUUGUUUGAGCGGUCACAUCAGUGCUCGUUUUGUCGACGAAUUGUGAACAAGUUGUCAGUCACAAGUAGACGGCGUUUUGUUUGUGUCUAUGAACGCGUGUGUGCAUGUUUGUUUAGCUCUCUACCUGCGCCCAGCAGCCCACGUUUUUCAUUUUUUUUUUUUCUUAACUUUCCUUCUCUAAAGGAACAGGUAGUGACGUUGUGAGAUCUAAAUUACGCGCGUCCGUUUGUAACUCUGAACUUUGUAUUUUGACGGCUGGGUUGGAAUUGUUUUUGUUUUCUUGUUCGCCGAUUCGACGCAACUCCGGCACGUUUCAUGACGCAACGCGGAUUCGCCUCUAAGCAGCGAGUGGCCGACUGAUUAUGCAUCGAACUCAUGUUGAUGUUUUUGGCAAGAAUCGUCAAUCCACCACGUCCUGGCCGGUUAAGAGAAUGGCGCCAACUUAUCGAUGCCACUGUUUCACGCCCACCGGAUUACUUUAUUGUCUUGUUGUCCUGCUUUUGCAUCGGCCAUCGUCAUCUGUCGCCAACGGCGUGAUGCGAUCUGCGCGCAUAACGGAACACCCGACGGACAUGACGGUAGCGCGCAACGAUCCCGUGACGCUCAAAUGCUCAGCUGACGGCAUUCCGGCGCCGACGAUCGAAUGGUACCGCGACGGCGAGCUCAUCAUCAGCUCGAACAGCAACGGCCACAAGAGCGGCGGCAACAGCCAUCGGGUCAUGCUUCCAGGUGGCGAUCUCUUUUUCUUCCGCGUCGUCCACGGUCGGAAGGAGAGCGACGCCGGCGUCUAUUGGUGUUUGGCUCGCAACCCGCAAGGCUCGUCUCGAUCACGCAAUGCUACCCUCACCGUCGCUUAUUUGCAUCCGGAAUUUCGAACGGUUCCCUUGGCCACACGCGGCAUUCUUGGCGAGCCGACGACGUUGGAGUGUGAACCGCCACGCGGCCAUCCCGAACCGCAGGUGCGCUGGAAGAAAAACGGCCAGUCGAUGGACCUUGCCGUUGGACAGCAUCGGGAUCACUCCGCCAGAAUUCGGAUGGACGAGAGCGGCAAUUUGAUAUUCGCCAAACUGAUGUCAUCGGACGAGGGACGGUACCAAUGCUCGGCUCAGAAUGUUGUGGCAACGCGGGAGACUGUGGCUGUCCUGUUAUCGGUUCACGUCCGGCCGGUGAUCUUGCGUCCACCCCAGGACACAACGGCUCUACUAGGCGGGGACGUGACACUCGAAUGCGGCGUGACGGGGGAUCCACCGCCACACGUCGAGUGGCGCCGACAGGAUGGAGCCAAAAUACCUACCGGUAGGAUACGGCCAGCGUCCAACGACCAAAGCCGGACUAGUUUGAGGCUGGAGCGUUUGGUGGCAUCCGACGCUGGCCGAUACGUUUGCGAGGUCGAGAACGCGGUGGGAUCGAGCUCGGCUUCAGCUCAACUCUCUAUAUUAAUUCCGCCGACGUGGAAUAGCAGCGCCGGACUGAGCAGCAGCGGGCAGGCCUUUUUGCCGCGCGAAAUUCGCGGCUUCCUGGAACAAAGUAUUUUCCUGGACUGUCCCGUUCACGGAUCACCGCCGCCGCUCGUCUUUUGGCAGAGGGAAGGACAGGGCCGCGACGGAGGUGCUUCUCACGCCGAACUCUUCACGUCCGACUCGUCCGCUCCCAGUGGCAGGUGGAAUGUGUUCCGCAACGGAACGCUAGUCAUCAACCGACUGCGGCGCGAAGACGCUGGCGGCUUGUGGUGCGGUGCCGUCAGCGAGGCGGGCGGCCUGGUGGCUCGUACCCGGCUGGAGAUCAUCACCGUCUCUGCACCCCCGCCGCCCGUCAUCGAAGUCGGUCCGGCCAAUCAGACUUUGCCGCUCGGCUCGCCUGCCUCGCUGGCGUGCAGCACGACGGAGCCCGGCAGCCAGAACCUGCCGCUGCGCUGGUGGAAGGAUGGCGCCCCGCUGGCCCUGUCUGUCCGCAUGACGCAAUCCGGCGAAACGGGCACGCUGCGCAUUGAGGACCUCCAACCGUCCGACUCUGGAGUCUACACUUGCUGGAUUGGAACGGGCGAACGAGCCGCAGCCUGGACGGCCUCACUCGUCGUGGCCAGUCAGAGCCAUUCAAACGUGGCGUUUUCGCGCAGUCCGAGUGACCCCAUGGCUUUGCCCGGUUCGCCUUCGCAGCCACGUCUGCUUCACAAGUCGUCCAGCUCGUUGACGGUCGGAUGGCAGAGUGGGUCCAGAAUGGGAGCGUCGCCUCUUCUCGGCUACACUGUCGAAAUAUUUAGCAGCGGUGAAUCUGAUUCAAAUAUAGACGUUGCUCAGAGCUGGACGUGGGCUGGACCGACGGUUCCGAUCAAACGGAGCUGGCGGAUAGUCACCCGCCGCCUGAAGGCCGACCAGCUAGUGUUGACAGACUUACAGCCAAGUACCUCUUACGCGGUGCUUGUCAGGGCAGAGAAUUCACACGGGCUUUCGCUUCCCAGUCCAGCUUCGCCUUGGUUUACUACCCUGCCGUCGGGUGGCUCUAGCGGUGGCAUCCAGGACUUGGAGGAAGGCCGGCAACGUCUUUCGUCUUCUCUUGCGUGGCUCCGACUCGAGCCCGUCCGCCCGCUCAACGCCACUGCUGUCCGCUUGAGUUGGCGAUGGCUAGAUGGCGCUGAUGGCAAUGAGCCGGCGGAAUCGGCUUUCGAAGGCAUUCACAUUUGGUACCGGCCCGUCCGCUACUCCGGCAAUGAAGAAGACGAGAUCCAUGACAGAUCGUCAGCUUCCAUGCUGCCUACUUUCCGGAUGGCCACUGUGACCCAACCGGCCGUAUCCAGCGCAACGUACACGCUUACUAAUUUGCUACCGUCGACACGCUACCUCUUCUUCCUGGUGCCGUUUUACCGCAACAUCGACGGUCGCCCAUCCAACAGCCAAACUUUGAUGACGUUAGAAGCCGCCCCCGAAGGACCUCCGCGUGAUUUGAUAGUACGACAGUUGAAUUCCAGUAGCUGUUUAGUCAAAUGGACGGAGCCAUUACAUAACCAACGCAAUGGAGUCAUAACUGGAUAUCAAAUCUACGUGUUUAUGGACGAUUCAGAAACUUUAUUGGCUAACAUGACAUUGCCGCCGACUCCGACUUCGGUCAUCAUUGGCAACCUGGUGGCCGGAUCGUCUUAUGCCAUCCGAGCAGCUGCGUGGACUUUGGCCGGUGUAGGACCUGCUUCCGAUCCAGCAUCGUUCAGCAUGGAAGUACUUAGUUUCCAGCAACACCCGCAAGUUCCAGCUGUCCACGACGACUUGGACAGCGAUAUUGACGAUGCGUACACGCACUUCGACACCCGCGGCCGUCUAGCGCCCAGCGGCGGAGUGGCAACCCAGGUGGUGAAAGAAACGUGGUUCAUUCUCGCCAUCGGCGGGGUCCUCCUGGCCACGCUGUGUCUCCUGGUGGCCGCGUUGGUCAUCCGCCGUCGAUGGGUCCGCAACAAGGCCAUUUCCUCUGUCCAAAAAGUCGAAUUGGGAGGUGGAACCGACGGCAACCUGCUCCAUAGCGUCUGCAGCGGGAGUGGAGGUACCCGCGAUCUGCUCUGGUCACGCGGCUGGCAUUCGAGCACCAACGGUACCCACCACCCGUCACGAUCGGGCACCGUUUCGGCGUCGCAGAAAGAGGCCGAACUGGAAGCGCAAGCCUCGCUACUACCCCAGCAGCCGCAACAGUACGGAAGCAGCGGUAUAGCUCCGCCAGAGUAUGCCGAGCUUCUCAAUCAGCACAGUUCGCAGCAACACCAGUCGGAUCAGAGUCAACUGAGCCUCAGCUCUUUCCUUCCUCGACGCAAUAAUACGAGCAUGAUGCUGAUGCAGGCCCAGAUGCAGGCCCCGCCUUCUGCCUACGCCACGACGACGUUGGUCAACCCAUCGGUGCGGGGACAGCAAUUGCACGGCCCCUAUUCGGGGAAGUCUUCGGGGGAUUCGAGCAGCGGUAGUUACAUUGUUGAACACCAGGAUCGUAAUGGCUGCGGCAGUAGAAACAGCAACAACAACAGCCAUCACAGUCGCAAAAAUAGCAACGGAUUUCUGUCCAACGGCAGUGGCCAUCAGCAGCAGCGGAUGCCCAACUGGGCAGAGCUGUUGCCUCCUCCACCGAGACAUCCGCCUCCGCCUAGUCCGGCACCGAAUAGCGAUCGCUCCGUGUCCACUUCCAAAGAUGGAUCUCUUCCACUUCCGACGUCUAUCAAACCUUCAUUGAAAUUCAAUUCUGCUAAUCCCAGUCCGGCGAUGUCGAAGCGCAGUGCUCCCGUCGGAUCGACAUCGAGCACGUUCAAACCGCCAUCGCCGAUGUAUCAUGGCGGUGUCGAUGAGGAAACGGUGCCGAACGGCAACCGCAAUCAGAUAUCCCGCAACGCGCGGAACAAACUAACAAAAUCGCCAGCGCAGAGAUCUGCAGGAUGCCACACGGAAAUGGAACAUGCAGCAGCGAAAGGAUAUCCAGAUUCUGGAUCCGAGCGCAAUUUCACUCAGGGCAGCUACACAGCGCCGAUGAAUUAUCAGUCGAAUCCGUUGGAGAAUAUGACGACCGAUUGGGACGAUGAUGUCGACGACUACAGCCGCAGCAUCAGCUGUGGCAACGGGGCGGAUUACAGUCAGGGUGACGACAGCCAUUCUGAUGGCGACGACGUGGCCUCUUCUGUUUACGACAACAGCCCCGUCGUGUACCGGCCACCUUGUGGCAAACCACCGUCGCAGGCGGCAGCUCCUCUGCCUCGUCGGAAACAAUUGACUUUGACUUGAUGAUGUGCUGGGCAUCUCCGUCCACCAUCCGGUCUACUAGUCAGCACUGCGAAAUCUUGCUACAAUACAAGUAUACCAGAUAAUUGUCGCCUCCUGUCGGAUUUUAUAGGACUAUACAUUUGAAACUUUUUUUUGUUUGAUCUACUUGAUAUUUUCAAUUCGAUGAAUUUUGUCAGCCCCCCUCUCUUAAUGAUUAUUCAGUUUGCGUUGCAGAAUAUUGUGCUCGAAAAAUGCGGCGGAGUGAAAUGAUAAAUAUCGGAUACAAAUAAAUAAUAAUAAUCAUAAAACUGAAAAAAAAAAAAAUUAAUGAUAAUGCAAAAUGCCGCUGGUCUGUGAUAAUACCAUCAACAUUUUUUGUUUGUUUGUUCUUGCUCUACUUCAUUUUCAUCCGUCGUCUAUAUUUGCAUAUCCUUUCCCCUUGCAAGCCAAUGUUUUAUACCUUAACGGGGCACUUGACCAGGAAGCGACUACUCCACCGUGUCUAUCUCCAUUUCGUUUUGUAAGCAUCCAGCCGAACUUCCUAAAACAACACGUCUAAGGAGAGACGGAAUAAAGUCCAUCGGCCAUACAAGCACAGCACAUAUCUCACCCCACAUUUUGAGCUCAUGCCACUCGAUAGGUUUACAUAGAAAAAACCACAUCGCCACUGAAUGUUUGUGUCAAAAUUAAGUGUAUAUUUUCAUUUAUUAUUAUUAUCAUUUUUUUUUGUGCUGUGCAUACGUGUACAGUAAUGUUCCUGUGUUCAACUGGUUCCAAUCAUAAGUCUUGCGUGUUAUUUUACAUCAUUGGAUAUGGAUCUAUACGUUGAAUGUCGUAACGUUCUUUGUUUUUUUCAUCACAAAACUACAAUGAAUGUAGUUUAUAUAUAUAUAAAUAUAUAUAUUUGCAGUAUACCUGUAUUAUUUUCUUCCCUGUCUGAAUACCGUUUCAUUGUCACACGUAUUUCCUGCCAAUGGAGAAUACAAACUAUGGCCCUUA